UUGACGGACAACAACAAGACGGAACAGCUGGGCGCUAGCUGUUUAUUGGAUCCAUAUCACAAAUUAAUUAAAUCAUUAGAAAUUUCAGUAGAUUGUCAAUCAAACCAUUGUAGUUGAAGGGUGUCCUAAGUCGGAUAAAUGUCUGAUGCAUCGGAACUUCCUAAAAAAGAAGAAGAGGUGGAGGUUACGCCUGAACAAGAGGACCAAUCUGACGACAGCAGCGAGGACGAGGCCGCAGGAGAGAUGGACUUCCUACGAAACCUCUUCUCCAGCACUCUUGGUCUCGGCUCAGCAGAAAAGGUUUUGGAUGAGCUGACUCUGGCUGGAGUGGCACAGUAUAUAAAGAGCGGCAAGUGUAAAAACAUCAUAUGCAUGGUUGGAGCUGGAAUAUCCACAUCUGCUGGGAUCCCAGAUUUCCGCUCACCAGAAACUGGCUUGUAUGCAAACCUGCAAAAAUAUAACCUGCCUUAUCCAGAGGCCAUUUUCCAGAUAGACUAUUUUAAGAAACACCCAGAGCCAUUCUUUGCUUUGGCAAAAGAACUUUACCCAGGACAGUUUAAGCCCACAAUCUGCCACUACUUUAUAAAAAUGCUGAAGGACAAGGGGCUUCUGAGACGCUGCUACACACAGAACAUUGACACUCUGGAAAGAGUUGCUGGCCUCGAAGGAGAUGAUCUAAUCGAAGCUCACGGAACGUUCUAUACUUCACACUGUGUCAGCUUCUGUUGCCGCAAGGAGUACAACCUGGACUGGAUGAAAGAAAAAAUAUUCUCUGAUGCCAUUCCCAAAUGUGACAAGUGCAGCAGUUUGGUCAAACCAGAUAUCGUCUUCUUCGGAGAGAACCUUCCAGCCCGAUUCUUCACUUCAAUGAAGAUGGACUUUCCUCGUUGUGAUCUUCUCAUCAUCAUGGGAACGUCUCUGCAGGUCCAACCAUUUGCAAGUUUAGUUGGCAGAGUUUCCAAAAGUUGCCCCAGACUGCUGAUUAACAUGGAGAAAACAGGGCAGGCUGAUCCUGUGUUUGGGUUGCUUGGUUUUGGAGGAGGGAUGGACUUUGAUUCAGACAAGGCUUACAGAGAUGUAGCUCACGUCAGUACAUGUGAUGAUGGCUGUUUGGCUCUAGCCGAGCUGUUGGGAUGGAAGGGAGAGCUGGAAGAGUUGGUGAAGCAGGAGCAUGCCAGGAUCGACAGUCAGGACAAGAAAGAGAAGGAAAGUAAAGGAGCUGCAGCCAAGGCGAGUUCUGCUUCGGUGGAACCAAAGCCCAAAGCCGAAGAGUAACUUAUCAAAGAGGCUUCUUAAAAAAACAAAAGCCACUAAAGUGACAUGACAGGUUAGAGAUGGUCCUUUCAGAGAGAUGAACAUACUGGGGUUGUUUUGAAGUGAAACUUAGAUUGAUGUCUGUCACACUCUUGCUCUUUGAAAAGAGGACACCUACUUCUUCUGAGGACAUUUAUUAUCCAUGCUUUUGUUUAUGAAAGUCUUUUGGUACUUUACUAACAUUUCUUUCCCUCAGCUCACCUCUGAUCCAGCAGCUACAACAUUCAUGUCUGUGCCUUUUAGCCCAGAUGCAUGGAAGGUGAUUAAUGAUGCUGCAAUGCUGCAUCAAAGUUAAAAUGAGAUGGCUCUGAAGUUAAGUGGACCGAGCUACUUCAGUUUACUUAGCUUCUGUGAGAAAAGGAUUUUAAUUUAUGAUUAGCAUGCAAUUUUAGAUAUCAUGGGUGUUCCCUAACUAUAACUGGUUGGCCUAAUAAACCGUUUAACCCGAUAAGGUAAAUUUAGUCUUUCUUGUAAAUCUAACAGUAUAAUCUGUGUUUUGGACCCUCUGAAUUGUAUUUUCUCCCAAUCAAUGUAUUUAAUAAGUUUCAUAAACCUGCUCUUGAUUUUCUCUUUAUAUACACGCUUGAUCAUAACAUGGCUUAUUGAUAUUAUGGAACAGAGGUUUACUAACAUUAUCAGUCUCUGGUUCAUUGGUGAUUUUCCUUUAUUAAACUUUAUGAAUUGACAAAGUGCUGUUUGGUCACAAGAAGGCUAAACAGGCAUGUUUGCUAAAAUAUUACGUCAUUUAACCCUGGCACUCUCCUCAAAUUUACUACUAACAAAUGAAUUGCUUUUAAGUCAUACAGCAACAUUUUUUCAGCUUUUUUUCAUUAAUCACUGAAAAUCACUCAAAACUACCAAGCAUUAAAUUAUUUUAUAAGAUUUUAACACUUUAAAUGCCACUUUCCAUUAUUCCAUCAUCCAUUUUCAGUACCCGCUUAAUUCAAUGCAGGGUCACAGGGGGGCUCUUGGAUCCUAUCCCAGAGGUUACUAGACAGAGGUACAUUCUGGACAGGUUGCCAGUCCAUUGCAGAGUCAUCACAGAGAGACAAACACCCACUCACACUGACACUCACUCCUAAGGAGAAUUUAAAAAAAAUUGUUUAACUUUGCAAGCAUGUUUUUGAACUGUGAGUUGAAGUCUGAGUACCCAGAGAGAGAACAUGCAUGCAAGGGGAGAACAUGCAACCCGAACUGUAUAACUAACCACAGCACCGUGCAGCCAAAUUAUAUUACUUACUCCAAAAAAUAAAUGACUUUCCAUAUCAUAAAUAUUAGGGGUAUGGGGCUUUGUUGAUGGAUUGGAAUAUUGGAUAUGUCAAAGAUUAGCAACAAAAUUGAUUUGAUUGCAUUAAUAUUUUUUAUGUAGGGUCAGUUUCUCCCCACCAGGGACUAAACAGUAAAGCAACAGGAAGUAAGGACACGGGAAGUGUUUUCAAAAACAGUAAUUGAACCCGCCAGGUUAUAAAAGAGGUCAACUAAAUGUAACUCAGACAAACCAAACUCACCUAAAGAAAGUAGACCUGACACAAUGACACACCAGGGUAACUUGUAUAGUGGUUUGGCCGCACCACAUAACACACAGGAAAAAUGAACAAAGAUAGAAAACUAACUAAACCUGGAAAAAAACAAAAGAACAUAACCCAGUCGCACAUGGUAGAGCCUGAUUAGCUGCUAGAAAAAUAUUAUUUUACAUUUUGUAUGUAUUCAACCACAUUGUUUUUCCAUUGUAUGCUGAUGCAGGAAUUCCCAAGAUUUUAUCUGUAUGUGUGUGUGAACCUGUAAGCAUGCACUGAUCAUUCAUCUUUAGAGGGCGUGCAUUUUGUUAAUCUUUAAAGAGCUGCUUAAAUACAAGCAUUUCCUCUUUCAUUUGCUCUACUAUAAACUGCACCUGACUGCUUUCACAGCUGAAGAUAAACUGCUUGCUACUGCUACCACCAGCUUGUCCAGCAGGAGAGGUGUGUGUGUGUGCUGGUCUUCUACCACCUGCACCAGGUGUAACAGGUGCAAAAUAGAACACCAGGUCACAGUAAUUCCCUUUGCUUUACAACAAAAAAAAAAAGUUAAGGAACAAUGAACAAAAAGGCCUGAGGAGGGCUCAAGGGUUAACAUCUUCAUAAUUAACUGUAAUAAACAGCUGUAAGAGCAUGAACUGUUGGGUAAACAUCUAAUUAAUAUAGGGUGCGAACAUUAAUUAACUUGUAAUUAUUAUGGAAACCAAUGCAAAAUCCUGCAAUAGAUUUGACCUUUGUAAAACUGACCAUAUUCACUUUUGUUUGUGUCCAAGAGGAUGUUUUUAUUCAGCUGUCUUUAAACACAAUUCCUGCUCCAGAUGUCAUUAAUCCCUUAAAAUUCUUCCUCAUGUUGUUCAUUUUGAAGAUACUGACACAAAGAGUUUGAAUAAAGAGAAGCAUAUGGCAACGCACCUUUCCAAAUAAAGCCGUCCUGCUUUAA